UAAGCUUGCUGUUUUACACUUAUCUUCUUCUUCGGCGAAUGGUAAAGCAGUAGCAACUCGAGCUCUGCACAGUACUUUGCCACGAGAAGAUUCUCUCAGCUACUUCUGAAGUAUAUCCAAUUCUUCAACCUGUUGCUAAAAUGUUGAAUACUUAAGUAGAACAAUAAAUCCAAAAAAGGCGUUUUUCAAAUUUAAAAAAAAUGGCUUCAAUUUGCACUUCAAAUCACCCUAAUUUUCACUUCCUAUGCAGAAACAACCCUAAUUCAAACCCUAACCCUAGCUCAAUCUCUCAUCAUCACCUACUACUAGCUCCGUCUUCUCUCUCUUUCUCCCGUUUGCGGUUGUGCCAUUGCGCGGCGGUGAAGACCGGUUCUGAAAGCGGCGGGAGUCGCAGCGAUAACGCGGAGCUGUUGCGGAAGCCGGUGAUUUCGACGGGGUUGGAGUCGUCGUCGUCGUCAGCCGGCGAGGAGUUGGUGAAGGAGGAGGAGUCUGAUGAUGAAGUUGAGAAGAAAAAUGGAGAUGAACAAAAUUGGGUCGAUUGGGAGGACCAGAUUUUGGAGGAUACUGUGCCGCUUGUUGGUUUUGUUAGAAUGAUUCUUCAUUCUGGAAAAUAUGCAGUUGGCGAUAGGUUAAGUCCUGAUCAUCAGAGAACUAUUCUACAAAGGUUGCUUCCAUAUCAUCCCGAAUGUAAAGAGAAGAUUGGCUCUGGAGUUGAUUACAUUACUGUAGGAUACCAUCCUGAUUUUGAAAGCUCAAGGUGUUUAUUUAUUGUUCGGAAGGAUGGUGAAUUGGUUGACUUCUCAUACUGGAAAUGCAUAAAGGGGUUAAUCAGAAAAAACUAUCCACUCUACGCUGACAGCUUUAUUCUCAGGCAUUUUCGGAGGCGUAGACGUAAUGACUGAAUGUAUCAUUUUGAACUCGUAGCAACCCUGAAUUUCAUGGAACAAAAAUUCUUUUACUUUUGCCGAGCACAUUAUGCUGAAGUGUCAAUCAAAGAGUUGAAGGUUAUAAGUUCGUGUUUAUUGGAAGCUUACUGGAAUAUACACUCCAUAUAAUUGCCCUUCCAACUACUUUAUCUACAAAUCUACACUCUGUAGAAUUCAAGUUACUGCAGUGAUCAACAGUGUAUUCAAGUUAGUGUAAGUUUCCUAGAUGGCCAGGUCUUACUGCUGCAAAAGAAGCAUUUUAUCGCAUCAUAAUUGUUGAAAAGUUGCAUUUUCAGCCUUCAGUAUUGUGUCCUUUUCUUUAUGCUACUUCUCUAUUUUUUCUCCUA